UCUAGCCAAGCUUUUCAAUCUGUCAAACUGCAGAAUAGUUGAGUUUCCGAGUUCAGAACAAUGUGUAUAGCUGCGUUUGCUUGGCAAGUCCACCCGCUCUUCCCUUUUCUUCUCUUGCAGAACAGAGAUGAAUACCACAACAGGCCUACAAAGCAAGUGGCAUGGUGGGAAGGUGGUGAUAUACUAGGAGGGAGAGAUGAGGUUGCAGGAGGGACAUGGUUGGCUUGUUCAAGAGGAGGGAGGGUGGCUUUUCUAACAAACGUGCUGGAGCUUCAUAAUCUCCCUGAGGCAAAGAGUCGUGGAGACCUGCCUGUGCUUUUCUUAGAGAGCAUAAAGACUCCAAAGGAGUUUGCAGAGGAACUGAUUACAAAGGCCCAUCAGUAUAACGGGUUUAACCUUAUUGUGGCUGAUAUCUCUUCCAAAUCCAUGGUUUAUGUCUCCAACAGGCCGAAAGGAGAACCCAUUGCUGUUCAAGAGGUUUCACCAGGCAUUCAUGUUCUUUCGAAUGCAAAGCUUGACUCCCCAUGGCAUAAGGCUCAGCGCUUAGGGCUGAGUUUUAAGGAACAGUUGUGUAAAUAUGGUAAGGGAGAGGUACCUGUGAAAGAUAUGCUUAAGAUGCUAAUGAGAGACACAGUUAAAGCAGAUGAAAGCAAAUUACCUCAUAUUUGUUCCCUCGACUGGGAGUUCAACUUGAGCUCCAUAUUCGUUGAAGUCAACACCCCACUGGGACCUUAUGGCACCAGGAGCACUGCUGCAUUAACUGUAAAAGCAAGUGGGGAAGUAAGCUUCUUUGAGAUGUUUCUUGACAAGGACACUUGGAAAGAAAAAACUGUUAGUUACUACAUUCAGAGGCUGAAGUCAGAGAUAGAGAAUUGA